UUUAAAUGGCACUGCAUGCAGAUUUGUCACGAUACCCAGAGGAGACGUAUAACACGCACCAUGCCUUCAUACAAAUUAACGUAUUUUAACGUUAGGGGACGAGCCGAGGUAACAAGACUGGCUUUAGCCGUUGCAAAGGUCAAGUACGAGGAUGAGCGAUUGGAUUCAAAUGCAUGGCAGAAGAUGAAACCAAAUACUCUAACGGGUCAGCUCCCUAUCCUGGUGGCCGAUGGCAAGGAAAUUUCUCAAAGCAAUGCAAUACUACGUCACAUUGCGCGAGAACAUGGAAUGUACGGAAAAGGCAACAAAGAAAAUACCGAGGUGGAUGUGGUUAUUGAAACUGCUAACGAUUUAAUUGACAAAAAGAUCAAAGUUUUCUUUGAAAAAGACGAAUCGAAGAAGGCCGAGUUGAUGAAGGAAUUUGUAGAUGAUACUGUGCCAUUGUUUGUGAAGAUAUCCUCGGCCCUUCUUGGUAAAAAAGAAUGGAUGGUCGGAUCAAAGGUUACGGUUGCUGAUUUAACAGUGUAUAACGUGUUAGAAUCAAUAGUUACGAUGGCUCUCGACAAAUUUGGAAAAGACAUAUUUGAUGGAUAUGAUAAUAUGAAACAGCACGCCAACAGAGUGAAAUCCAUCCCAGAAAUGAAGAAAUGGCUGGAAACCCGUCCUAAAACUGACUUCUGAUCUGGAGCUAUGGCUGGAAACCCGUCCUAAAACUGACUUCUGAUCUGGAGCUAUCACGGCCAUGGCUGGAAACCCGUCCUAAAACUGACUUCUGAUCUGGAGCUAUCACGGCCAUGGCUGGAAACCCGUCCUAAAACCGACUUCUGAUCUGGAGCUAUGGCUGGAGACCCGUCCUGAAUGUGAUGUUUGAUUCGGAGUCAUCACGGCAAAUAACUAUUAGUGUUAAUGAAGACUCGUAUCAGAAAAGACAAAAAUAAGUUGUUUUAGUGAUUCUUUUAUCAAUUCGUUAACAUCUGCACAAAUCACUGCUAAAUUUAGAAUUAUAUUAGAAUUAUAAAAAUUAAAAAAUACCGAAGCAUCUUGAUCAGAAUGCGUUAAAUAUAUGAUGUUUCAUCAGUCCUGUUCCGGUGAUUUAGGUUCGAUUAAAAAUGUGUCCAUUCUGA